CACAAACCCGGCACACCCAAUCCAUCGAAACCCAUGCUGCGGCUGUCCAUGCAGGCGGUGCUGCGCUCAAGCAGCCUUCCAAAGAACUCGCUUCUGCAUCCACAUCACUCAUUCAGUGCGUCACCGUUGCUUCUGCGUACCGUGUCGACAAUCGUCCCAGUGCACACGACGCCUCGUAAGAAGAAACGAAAGGGAAACCAGCAAAAUGUCGCCAAGUCGCCGGCACACGACAACGCACCCAAUCAGCCCGCAAUGAAGGCUAACACAACAGCUUUGGACAGCAUCGCCCAGGAUCAGGCCCAAGAUGCCACCGGCGACGACUUGGCUGUGUCUUUUAAAUCCGCAUCAACGACGCCGUUUGCCGAAAGCGCUAAACCUGCCUCUGCAACGUCGCCUUCGAAACGUAGCGACAACCAAGCGGCGGCUUCUACAGACCUGGUUGUGAGUGGCCAAAAGAGUAAAAACGAGGGCAAGAAGCAAGCACUCCCUCCCACCAAGCCAGCGGUAUCGCCGUUGGUGGAAGAAGCUCAGGUAGUCAUUGGCCUGCUGGAGGACAUUGCUCAGCGACAACGCGCGCUGCCGUCAGCUGCACAUGUGACGACCAUGCUGAACUAUACAUCGCGCGAGCACGAAGACACAUUUUUCAAGCUUUUUGAGCUGUACCGAAAGCACGGCAACCCAAACGUGGACUCGACAUUCCUCGUGCCAGGAGUCGUGAAGUCUUGCGAAGUCGGCAACUCGAAGCAAGCUGUGGCCAUCGCGAUGGACAUGGUGAACAAUGGCCGAAAAGUUGACCGCCAUACACUGCACUUGAUCCUGCGGACCGCCGAAUCCAACAAUGCGGCAGCGGAUGCACUGAGUGUGCUGGAUUUGCUCCUUCAAGAAGGCCAUUUGGUCACGACCCAAGAUUACCAGCGUAUCCUGGCGAUCUGUACUGCUGACCACCACGAAGACGGGGCUCUGCGCAUUUUGCAAGCUCUGCGCCCAUUGACCAACAUUGCUUCGGACACGUAUUUACAUUGGCUCUCGCGGUCCGCCAUGGUCUGGCGUGCGGACAUCUUUUUGGCAUUGCUACAGGAAAUGCGGUUGGCAAACAUCGAGCCGCGCAUUCCAUCGUUGACUUCGCUGGAAGUGGGCCGUAAAGAUCCUGCGUUGACCGUUAUGGAGGGUGUCCGCGCUGUUGGUCUUGACCCUUGCUUUGCCAUGUCGGCCGUGUACGAGUCGAUUGCGAAAGCCAUCGGGAAGGAUCGCCGGGACGGGGGCGUCACUCGCAGACAGCGGGAAGCCGCGUUGGAAAAGUUUGGGACAUUGCGGGUGCACAAACUGGAUUGGGAAGUGCAGCCGAUUCCGCAGCUUUUGGAAACCCAAGCUGCGGGCCUGCUCCUCAAGAAAGAAACUUUCCAGCGUCUCAAGUACCAGCAAGUGACCCGGGUGGAGUCGUACUUGAACAUGCUUCCUAUCACGACCAACGUGACGUUGAACCUGCGCAAGCAACUCCUUCGAAUGUCGUUGCUUGUCAACACACAUCGCGUCAAGCGCAACAAGUACUUGAUCCUGGGCGAAUACGAACGUGGCAAAUCGCUCAUUGAGUUGAGCACCCACCACAACUACCCACCCGUGUCGCUCAUGCGGAUUAUUCUCGAAGCCCGUGGCCUCAGCCCUCGAGCCAUCAAGAAUGCGUUGGCGGCUCCUGGCGACCUCACCCCCCGCGACAACAACGAAUUGAACCGUGCCAAGCUGAAUGACUCGAUUCAUCGCAACGACCCGCUCCUGGACUUGCCUGACUACACUUCGUCUUCACUCGAAACCACGUUGAUGCACUACAUUAUCUCCAAGGGCAUCCGCGUCAAAACGCAAGCGGAAUUGGCCAUCGACCAAGAAAAGAUUUAUGGCAGGCCGGUGAUUUCCCCGGAUUUGCUUUUGCUGGACCCAGUCCUGAUCAACGGUGUUCCCGUUCGUUGGAUCGAUGCCAAGAAUUACUACGGCGCUCACAUUGUGAACAAGCGCUUGAUUGCCAAGCAGCUGGCAUCUUAUGUGAAGGAAUGGGGCCCUGGCGCCGUCGUGUACGGGAUGGGGUAUAGUGACAUGAUGUCGAUUCCUGGCGUCGUCUGCCUCGACAUGACCCCGAUUCCGAAAACGUCGUGGGGCAAGUUCAAAAUGGUGUCAAAGUCGUAUAUGCACACGUUCCGCAACUUGUUUCGGUGGGCGCCGCACCUGGGCAGUGAAUUGACCCAAGAGUACCCGACGUCCAACGACUUGACCGAAGUUCGACGGGAAAAAGGAGCUCAAGAGCGGUUGGAGCGUCCUUCCAAGCCGUAGAAAGAAGAGCCCUCAGGCCAUCGUAUUAGAUAACACCACCACAUGGUCCAAGUGUUGUGCGCUGCGUGUGUCGAAACUUAAAGGGUUUCAUUCGCUCCACUGACGUGGCCGCUUGUCUGAAGUGUGCGACCUUUUCAUAGCUGCGGCUUA